AUGUAUGACAUGUUGUCAGAGUUUCGAGUGUCGGAAUUUGAUUCAUUCGUUGAUAUAUUGAGAUUGACUCCUGGUGAUCCACUGAAUACAUUUGGUGAAAUGUGGUACCCCGUGUUCCUGUGGUCUUUGUUCUCGUCAGUGUUUGUGCAUACGUGUGCGGCACUAGUCGCGUUUGGAACUCUGAGAAAGCACAAGUAUGGGAAGUUCUUCCCAGUGUUGUUAAUAGUGAUGGGUGUCGUGACUCCAGUGACUUCAGGUGUGGCGACCAGUGCUGCGAUCGCGUUCAUAUACCGAGCCGCUACGUUAACUAUGCCUCCCAUACAUGCCAUGAUCUGGGGAAUUGGACAAACUGUGCUUGGAGCUGGGAUGGGUUUCACAAGGAUUUUGGCUACUUUGUAA